ACCUGCCGGUGAACGGUGUGGGCAUCUUACCAUUCAACGCGACGGAGGGGCUGGCCAGUGGACUGCCCGAGUCCUCGCAGCGCGUGCACCCGUCUAGGUUGCAGUGUCGUGCGUCUUUGGGCCUGUCGGCAUCGGCGACGCGUUUAUUGGGGGUUGAGGACAUCGACCCGCACGGCUUUUACUCGAUGGGCAGUAGCCAGGCAUUGGGGAGUUCGAUGGUCCUGGGUUCGAAUGGUGCGCAUACGGCGGCGGGCACCAACCCAAUGGGCUCUAAUCCAGCAGUGUUGAGUGGCAACGUAUCGGGGAGCGCUUCGGGCAACGUUUCGGGGGGUGCUCAUCCCCUCGUCGGGGGAUCGCACCCGAUAUUAAGUGCGUGGAGCCAGAGUCAUCGCGAGAGUUGCGUGGACGUGUCGAGCACGCGAACGGCCUUGGUUGCGGGCAGUCUGACGCGCAAAGGAGACCCACGGCGGCCAUUGUCUUCGGAACAGAUUACGGUCAAGUCGAACACGAACGACUUCCACUGGCUCUUGGCGGCGGUGGACCCAAACCUGGGUCUGCCAUCGUUCGUCCGUGAGUCUCUGGCGAAUGUGCAGAACCCCCAAAGUGUGUGUCUGCGCGCCAAGUGGAACUUUCUACAGGCGAUGGCGCCGCUGCGCGUACAAGGUACAUUUUCGUCAUCGGGCGCGGCGCCUUUGCAAUCAAGCAUCCAGCGACGCAUGAAGGUUUUGGAUCCGCGAGAGUCCUGGCAGAAACUGACGCCUUAUGUGGACGCAGUAUGUCUGGACACACUUGGCUCGGCCGUGGUUAAGUACAAGGCAUCCGCGUGUGAGGCGAUUGGACUACCGCCUGAGUCGGUUGUGGAUCUGUCUUCGUUGACUGAAGACGGUUUGCAUAUCCCCCUCCAGUACCUCGUCGAGGUCCCGCUGGACGGCAAUGACGCUCCCUACCAGCUCUUCCUCGCCGUCACCGCUGGCGAUCGGAAACUGAUCGCCUUCACGCUGGCCAUGGACAUCCGCUGUCGUGUUGUCGUGAAUGCCGCACUCCUUCUCGGUCGCAAUGUAAUCCAGUCAUUACUCUCUUGCGUAUCUACAACCUUCCACCCCUCCACAAUCCAUAAGGAUCGCGCGUGCGAAGUGAACAGCAAUAUCCUUUCCAUGCACGUGAGCAAAACCCACCACAGAAAGGACACCUCCGUGCGCCUCGUGCUCCAUCUCGGCGUAUCCGUCGACAACACCGAAGAAGAACAAGUCCUGAUCACCUCCUUCGCUGUCUCCUCGCCUACCGAACCAGAUCUUCAUGGUCAAUACCCUUGCACGCUAGUGUUCGAUAAAUCCAGCCUCGACAUCUACCUUGAUUACUGCCGGCCCUAUCUUUUGGGCAUACCCAGCAAGAACCUCUUUGACGGACAAGGCACGCUCGAAGCCGGACUUCCGGGCAACAUACGAGACGACACCAACGGCCAAACGGAUACGCUGCCCAUGUGCAUUCUCGACCUCCCGACCAUGGAAGAGUGUCCGAAUCAUAAUCACGACGUUAAGAACGACGAACAUGAACUGAAUGCCAGCUUAAUCAACUCCUGUGUCCGGUACUUCUCGGACUCCGCCUGGAACAGUUUUGACCUCCUAGCCAGCUUCCCUGUUCUCGAAGAACCCGGAGUAAACCAACCUGAUCCGGUUCCUCGACAAAGCACCUUGCUGCACUACAUCGUAGAAGACGAACCACGACGAGACCCAGAGGACACGGCGGACCAAGGCAAAUAUGCCGGAUCCUUUUUGCCAUUCAAGGUACCCCUGCCGAUGGACACUCCAUCCUUGGUAGCCGGUGUGUACGCUUUAAGCUUCAGUCCACGGACACAUGAGCCGGUACUGGUGCCGUACUUUCUAGCACGUAUUCCGAUCUGGAAACGUGACGCGAUUAACAAGGCUUCAAACGAGGUGGAGGAAGGUGGCAAAACGCCGGUUAGUGUACGUUCGAUGAGCAGUAUUCCUUUUGUGAUGGACAUGGAAUUGUCCAGUCGCACAUUGGCCAUUUUGUGUUCCAAUGCGGCUUUAUAUAUUUUCGAGUAUCGUUCGUCCUUCGCUUGUCGCGACCAGCACGAUUUGCUGAGUAACGAGUUGGGUCGUUUGGCCGCAGGCCGUGGGCCAGCGGGUAAUGGCUACAUUCAGCCUCACUUGGCGGUGCAGGUUAUCCAUCUGGACGACUACAUAACCAAGACGUGCCGUAGUGUGGCCGAGCACGUUCAGCUCAAGGCGGCGCGGUAUCUGGCGACGCUCGCUCUUGGAGCCGCCAAGACGGAGGAUCGAGUCGCGGAGGCGGACAAAAAGCGUGUGGUGACUCCCUGGCAGAAGGUGGCCAACUCUCUGCGCUUCGGCUCUCGCCACGGCUCCCGCACGGGUCCCGCUACGAGUGGCAGUUUGCGCGGUACGAGCGGGAGUGUGCGUGGGACCAGCGGGAGUGUGCGUGGGACCAAGUCGAACGCGUCGUUCGGUUCGAAAACUCUCUCUUCUACAUCGCUGUCGCUGCCCGCGGGUCCGCAGCCGGGUAACCAUGUGUUGGUCCGGGUCACGGGGGCAGACCUGAGUCGCUGGAUGUGUGUGGACACGUACUGUUCGCCGAGGCAGCUGUUAUCUUUCUACUCGCCGUGUCACUUUAGUAUGAGUCGGUCGCCCGAGAUUCUGCUGCUCAACUGGCCGGAGGUGCAUGUCCUGCCAGCACCGCCGCUGCUGCACCGUUACCAGUCCCUGAUCACGCCGGCGCGACCCAGUCUCAAGAACCCGACCACUGUUACCUGGUUGCCCGUACCAUCCAUGCGCCCCUUCGUGGUCACCUCUAUGCCUGUGGCCGACGGCCUGCGUCCCGAGCAGGCUGCCAAGUGCAAGUCCGUACCCAACGUUGGCAUGGACGGUUUCCGUCAGGGCACCGAAUGCAGUGGUUUAAUUUGGAAGGCAAUUCCCUUACACACACUAGUCCAUCAUGCAGACAUCUCCGACCACGCACUUCCGGAACGCCAACAAUCCGGCCUACCGCCGCUGCUGCCCGCCCGCGGCCCUCCAGCUGCCGGCGGACCCAGAUUUAGUGGUCUUGGUCUGAAUGCACCUGAAAAGGAGACCGGUACUUCAGACAGAUCUUUCGCACACAUCUCGGCCCAGUCGCACUUCCACUGCGUCCAAUGGGCAGGCGACAGUCCUCUCAUUCCCAGCGGGGAACAGAUCCGACUACCCGUGCUAGUCAGCUACUCAACUGGCGGCAUAUUGAACGAACAACUCGUACGCAAAGUCUACGUUGACGUACCCAGCGCUACAUCCAAAGUCAUCACACUUGAACACCGCAAUGGGCCAGGACCGAAGCAAAUACACCACCCGGAUGUGCUCUGGAUGUGGCUUCGUACCGGUCAUGUGGCUCUCGUCCUUUGGGUCCUUCGCGGUCUUUAUGAAAUCUCCUGCUACCACUUCCAGUCGGAGACCGAAGAUAUGAGCACCUCUCUCCACCGCUACGGCACCCCUCAGGACGCCCAACUCAUCAGCAAACUUCUAAGACUUCCCACCAUGGAGGUCUUGAUGGCCCGUAAAAAAGUCGCAGCUGACUUCAAACCCGCUGCGGCUGGCGGCGGUGGCGGUCGUGCCGCUGAACUAUUUGAAAACGCCGCCUCGCUUUCCGAUGACGAUAUCUUCGGCCAUGACGACGACGAAAGCGACGAUGAUGCCGGUCACCUCCUGCUCGACGAUCUCCUGCACGGCGCCGAGUACCCCCGCUCCGACUCCGGCGAAGUCGGAGCCGGGAAUCGAACCGGCGACCUAGGGGGCCACCCGUCUACUUCCACCGGGCCCACCCGAGGAGGCCUCCCGGACAGCGGACUGGCGGGCUUGUCACCCGAGCUUACUGGCGAGUCUUCGAUGAUCGCGGACAUGGUUGCAGAGGGAGGACGACCCUCGCCGCAACCGAGCGAGUCGGGUGCAGCCGAGGGCAGUCCGAAGACCCCGGGAGCGGCGAAGAGCAAGAGUCAGAAGGAGUUUAUUUCGACGGCGGAGUUGGAAGAGCUACGUUAUCGACUGAAGCACCUGCUGCGGCGCGCCCAACAUCUGGAUCAGGGCGGGGACCUGAAGGGCUGGCGGCUAAUUUUAGACAUCAGCGGCGUGGAGAUGAUCCGGCUGCUAGGAUUGAUCGACUUUGUGCUGGCGCGGAAGCUAGCCGAAAACGCGACUCUGUGCGGCCUCACCCCCGAGGCCUUUUCCACAGGGGCGGAUACCGGAUUCUACCCCGGGACUCGAGACGACGGAUCAGACACCGGAUUCGAGUCGGAGGCGGGGCUUAUGGAGUUGGCCGAGCGUUCGUGGUUAGCGUUGCACGCGUCGGUGACAGGGCAAGAGAUGGAGGCGGUAUGCACGAUGGACUUGUUAGCGUCAACAUUGUUCCUGGUGGCGGUGAGUCGGUCAAGUUUCUCGAUAGGAGAUUGGGGCGAGGGCGAGGACCGGCAGAAGUUGACUGAGGACCUGAAGUUGCAGUUGGAGCCUCAGCGGUCGAUGUCUACAGACGAGUUGUGUUUAGGUUUAAUCGUACAGGAUCAGCGUUUAUUAUUGCGAGAGGCGAUAGUAAUGCGGAACCGUGGGCGAGCAUUAGAUCCCGGACGACCGAUGACUUGGGAAGAUAUGGCGUCGGUAGGGGCUGGUUACUGGCUGGCAUCACCGGAGAUUUUGCGAGAGGUAUUGGACGCGCUGCCACGAUCGCAAUAUUUGCACGAAAUGAGUUUGGACCACGAGAGUGAGCGAGAUCAGAGGGUGUUGGAGAAAGUGGCAGUGCUCUACUGUCUGGCUGGUAAGCAUCUCACACUCGCUGGAUUGUACCAAAAGGCCAAAAACCAGACCGUCAGUGAAUUUUUACGGAAUGAUUUCGCUGAAGAGCGUUGGAUGAUCAGCGCACGGAAGAAUGCUUGGCAAUUAAUCCUUAAAAAACGUUACGUGCUCGCCCUCGCCUUCUUCGUGCUAGGUCGUAGCGGCCAGGACGUUGUGGACAUCUGUGUGCGUUAUCUGCACGACUGUCAGCUUGCCAGCUUUCUCGCUCGAUGCUACGAUCUAAAUAUUCUACAAGAUGCCAGUUACCCUACCGUCAACUAUAUGGUCAGGCAGAAACUGUUGCCGGCUGCAGAUGAAAAUCAGGAUCUAUCUCUGACCAUGUUCUGCCGUUCUCUGCUCGAGUCGCCCUCUUCGCCCCAGCGUCUCCUUAGGAGUGGCGACGCGCGUAUUAUCGAUCCCGAAUCGGCCUUUGAGAAUAAAGCAGCCACGGUAGCUCAACUCGUUCCCUCACAGCAACAACCCAGCUGGCAUGGCUACGUCCUGGGCUCCGAGGUCUGUCUGCGACGGUUCAGCUCUUUCUCGGCCUGCCCAAAUGUUCUUUCGUGUUUGCUCGCCUCGUUACCCAGUUAUCCGCUCCGGGAUAUUCCGCUCCUACAAAGCACGCUGCGCUCUAUCACUGAGGCACUCUCCCGACGCCACUUCAUCUUCUCCGUCUUCCUCCUUGCGUUCUUGAACCGGAAUUAUGAGAAGUACAUGAACCGCGUCCCCGACUACGUUCUGCAGGCGAUGAUCAGCCAGUGGUACGCCCUGCAGUGCAGCGAGGUCAUCGGGCAGUACCGCUCCGAGAACCUCAGAGACAUCUUAGGCAAGUGGCUCGACCUGCACCAGGUCCAAGACGCCGCUGCCGGUGACCGCAAUCCAUGGUUCAGCGAACCGCUGUUUUCACCCAAGCUGCUGCAGAUGUUCCAGCUGCUGAAGGAAGAGGGUGUGCCCCUCACUCAAACCUACCCACUGGUCGGCUCCACGUGGAGUAAAAUGUUCGGCUCCGCCCAGGAGUAUUCCAAAUUGCUGCUUUUGAUCGAGACACUGCCCAAGGCCGUGGUCUUGACGAUCUUGAAGCAAUCAAGUCGGCGAACGAACGUCAAGGACACCUUGUCGCUCUCAUCAAUCGACAGUCCGCUAUUACGUCGUCUCUUCCCACUGGCCGGAGACCCUCGGUCAGUUAACUACGCGGAGUUCCGCGAACACUACCACACCACUAACGUUUUGGGUUGUUCAGUGGAUUCAAUGUUGCAGAUGCACGACGCGGAGAGUAUCAUUAUUGGUACUGUAAAUGUUUUAUGUACGAUUCUGUAUGCGGUGCUGGACGACUUUACGCACGUCCGACAGUCGCAGCUAAGAGUGUUAGCUAGUGUCACGUUACAGUUGACGUUACUACACCUGAUGCAGACCAAGUACUUGCACGAAGACGUGUUUCUCAACCCGACGAACGGCCAGGCGCUCUGGACCCUGGCCUAUUGCAUCAUGCUCACGGUCUUGGGCGCCUCAAUUGCCGCGUUCGAAACUCUGUUCGGCGUCCUGAACGGCUACUGUGUUACCGAUGCCAGUGCCACCAUAGAGGCCUGUGAAGACGGGUGGUUACUGCUCGGCGAUGAGGCAAGCCAGCUCAAGGUAUGUCGCGGCAUCUCGCGUCUGCACACGCUCGCCGCUACCAUCAAAGGGCGCGGCAUCACACCAACUACAGCACGCGCGUGUGUCAGUGCCAUGCUCCUUACCAUUACCCAAGACAUUUAUUUCUGCACUCUCGACGAUGACAGCCAGACGGGCGGCGUUGUGCACGAGGAAAGUGCCGAGUUCCGUAACAAUAUCCUCAAACAACUGCGCCAUGUCGUGCUCCAAUACGUGUGCUUGGGUAGCUGCGAGACGAUACUUGAACACCUCCGUACCCUGAACACCUGGUCUUCCGAACUGCAUCCCGAGCCCUUCGACCCCCUCAUUCCACAGUACAACUCCAUCAAGGGCGUGCUGGCGAAGUUCUGUGCUGGGACUUACCAAAAAGCUGUCCGCCGAAAUCUCGAGUAUAUCCUCAUCCAGCUCACUGCCGGCGAAUUCAGGGCCCUGUCCCGAAGACUCUCGGGCUCCCCCGGCACCGCCUGGGUCGGUAUCAUCCUACGGUCGGACGUCCUCAAACUCUGCCAGCUCUGCGAUCCGAGUCCAAAAAUGAAGGAAGUCAUUCGCAAAAUCGAACUUACUUCCGAACUCGUUAAUACCAAUCUGAGCGCGUACGUCGUCACCUCACUCACACGUGAACAGAGCAGCACCGGCCACACCGAAGCCUCCUCCAAUCAAGCCUCCGCCCUCACCACAGCCGGUGACCGCGCAGCCGACCGCACAGCCGACCGCACAGGCCCCUUCGGCACAAACGAGCGAACAGGAGAACUUUCGCAAGGCGGAAGCGAGAGUCUGACAAUCACUACAUUUGGCACGGGCGCCAAGGGUCACAACAACUUGUAUGCGGUGAAUAUGUGUGCGAUUCAAUACCAGAUUCCGUUGACGCGGAAUUCAAAUUCGCAGGUGCUGUGGCCGUACCUCGGAACGCCCGGGGCUCUCACAUUACCGUUCCAGACGCGAUCGUUCCUGCCCUUUAUCGCAGUAGCGACAAAUCGGGGGCUGCAAGUAUUGAACUUGACGGGCAUCGACUUCAUGGACCCACUAGAUCUACUGGCGUACAACGCGGACCUGCUGUCGCCGAUGCUGGGAGUUAUCGCACGCAGCAGUCUGAAUGGCAUGCACUCGGCCUGGUGGAGGACAUACAUACUUAACGCCUCAGAGCGGCAGCGCAUGAAAAUCAUAAGUCGGGUUCAGGAUACGCUGCCGGCGUCGCAUGGCGGCGGCACCGUACCCGAGUUUGCGAAUCCGGCUCUGGCGCAGAUUACGGGUAUUACGCCGCACCCCUGCGUGUCUGUGCUGGCAGGAAUCAUUGCCAAACCAGAGACAAUCGAGGGCGGCGAGAUGCACGCUGUCGUCAGCCUCUUUGGCGUCGCACCGUCGCGUAAGACAGGCGACUGCAGCUACCUGGGCUGUCUUUGUCUGCCCAGCGAAGACAACGUCUCCACCGUUCUCACCAAUCGCCAUACUCUCGACCGCUCCGAGCGUUCUCUCGCCGUAGAACGCUCCAACGGCACCACCAACAGCGAACGCAUCUCGCCCAAGAGCUCGGGUGGCACCACAGCCGUCCCUGACCAGAAAGCCUCGGACCGGGGGCCUUCUGACCAGAAACCGUUGGACCGGGGGCCCAUGGAAUCGAACCCGCGGGUGUCGGAUCCCCGUGUGUCGGAUCCCCGAGUAUCGGACCGGCGCGUGUCGGAGGGGAAGCAUGUGGGCAUGAAGCUGCCUGCACGGAGCAGUUUGAAGAACCCGAGUGCCCAGGCCGGUGCGGCCGCGAGCCUGGGCGCCGGGCCUCGCGCCUCGGGAGGGCUGAUGUCCAGUGCAGGCCUCGGGUCGGCUUCGGGCACUGCUGGGGUUCGAACCGAGGGCUUGAUGUUGCCAACAGCGUCCCGGCGGACGAGUGCGACGGCGUCUCAGUUCGUAACGCACCACGCGUCAGCGACGGUAAGCGCGGGAACGGCCGGUGACUUGUUGGCGCUGCGUUGGUCGCGCGAGGACCUGUGGGCGGCGAGCGAGAAGGGCUACGUGUUUGCGUGGAAGUUGUUCCACGACGCGGCGAACACGGUCCAGAUUCGGAGCGGCGAGACGUUGGUGGUGGGUCGUGCAUUGCCACUGUUGACACUACACGCACACACGAGUGCGCGUUUUGUGGAGCCGAUCCCGGUGGAGCACGGCCGGUUAUUGUUCGUGACGGGAGGCAAGGGUGUGGGUUCAGUGCAGCGCAUCUACGCCCAUCUGGCACGUGAGGAGGAUUCCGCCAUAUCUUCGGUGACAGGUGCUGUACCGGCGGCGGCCAAUCAGUUGCAGGUGGUGGGUAACAAGGUCCAGGCUCUGUCUGAGCACCAGGCUUCAUCGCUGCCGGAGUUCGCGGCGGCGAUGCGAGAGGCUGCAGGUGCGUUGCUGGUUUGGACUAAUUUCAUGUCCAUCCCGGGCAGUGCCGUGCCCAUGCUGCGACCUUCUGUGCUACUGGCGGACUUGGCAUACUGCGCUAAUGACCAUCCUACUGGCGUCGUCUGGUGGCCGGCCGAACGUGCUGUGAUCUAUGGCACCGUCUCCGGCUGUCUACGCCUACUCAACUUCGACCGCCGUACUGUCACCUGCCUCAAAGGACGCGAUACUCGCUGGCCUUGCCACCUAUUCAUUUGCCCACUCACCAACCGACUCAUCGUCGUCUGGUGCGACUGCUCCAUCACCGUCUACGACCUCACCCGUAAAAGACCUAACGACGCACUACUACUACUCCUAGAGAAAGAAGGCUGCAGUCCACCCGCUCCUCAAAGACACCACUGGCUACAACCGGCACACACCAAACUACAAGCCACACUCUCCAACGCAAUUUAUAUUCCCCCCAACGCCGUACUCCUACUCAACACCGCCGGACAACUACUCCGCACCCGAAUCUAA